GCAGGAUGGUACAGUCUGCAGAGGGACCCGGGCACACUGGCUGGGCUCAGCCGCGGCACCAGCUGCCGCACCGAGAUUACGGGGCUGCCCGCCUGGAAACCGUGCCGGAUUUGUGGCGAUUUUCAUAGCCAAGAGCCAUCACCCCGACCAUGUAGAUGCCAGCUCCAGGGAGCAGCAUGGGCCCCGCUGAAUGGAGACUCCUGGGUCUACAGCCCUGAGCCCCUCCGGCCCCUGGACCUUGCCCCACGCCCGGGGACGCCCCUCAGAGCCCACCGCCACUGUCGCCAGCCCACCUCGGCUGCCCCCUGGAGUCAGCUGCCAGGAGCCACAGCCGUCCAGUGAGGGUGUGCUGAGGACAGCCACACGGAGCCGUCGCCUGGCAGCCUCCUGUCCAGCACUGACCCUCGGACCCACCCCAAGCGGGGACUGCGGCAGACAUGGGUGACAUGACCAACAGUGACUUUUACUCCAAAAACCAAAGAAAUGAGUCGAGCCAUGGGGGCGAGUUUGGGUGCACGAUGGAGGAGCUGCGCUCCCUCAUGGAGCUGCGGGGCACCGAGGCCGUGGUCAAGAUCAAGGAGACCUACGGGGACACUGACACCAUCUGCCGGCGCCUCAAAACCUCACCUGUCGAAGGUUUGCCGGGUACCGCUCCAGACCUGGAAAAGAGAAAGCAGAUUUUUGGGCAAAACUUUAUACCUCCAAAGAAGCCAAAAACCUUCCUGCAGCUCGUUUGGGAGGCACUGCAAGACGUGACGCUGAUCAUCCUGGAGAUCGCGGCCAUCAUCUCCCUGGGGCUAUCCUUCUACCACCCGCCCGGUGAAAACAACGAAGGAUGUGCAACGGCCCAGGCGGGGGCAGAAGAUGAAGGGGAGGCGGAGGCGGGCUGGAUCGAGGGGGCCGCCAUCCUCCUCUCGGUCAUCUGCGUGGUCCUGGUCACGGCCUUCAAUGACUGGAGCAAAGAGAAACAGUUCCGGGGCCUGCAGAGCCGCAUUGAACAGGAGCAGAAGUUCACCGUGGUCCGGGCUGGCCAGGUGGUCCAGAUCCCUGUGGCUGAGAUCGUGGUUGGGGAUAUCGCCCAGGUCAAAUAUGGCGACCUCCUCCCUGCAGAUGGCCUCUUCAUCCAGGGCAAUGACCUCAAGAUCGAUGAAAGCUCCCUGACAGGGGAGUCUGACCAGGUGCGCAAGUCUGUGGACAAGGACCCCAUGCUGCUGUCAGGGACUCAUGUGAUGGAGGGCUCUGGACGGAUGGUGGUGACCGCCGUGGGUGUGAACUCUCAGACCGGCAUCAUCUUUACCCUGCUGGGGGCCGGCGGUGAGGAGGAAGAGAAGAAGGACAAGAAAGGUGUGAAGAAGGGGGAUGGCCUUCAGCUACCAGCGGCCGAUGGUGCGGCAGGUUCAAAUGCUGCAGAUAGUGCAAAUACCAGCCUAGUCAAUGGUAAAAUGCAGGAUGGCAAUGUGGACGCCAGCCAGAGCAAAGCCAAACAGCAGGACGGGGCGGCCGCCAUGGAGAUGCAGCCCCUCAAGAGUGCCGAGGGCGGCGACACUGACGACAAGAAGAAGGCCAGCAUGCACAAGAAGGAGAAGUCGGUGCUGCAGGGCAAGCUCACCAAGCUGGCUGUGCAGAUCGGCAAGGCGGGUCUGGUGAUGUCAGCCAUCACGGUGAUCAUCCUGGUGCUCUACUUCACCGUGGACACCUUCGUGGUCAACCAGAAGCCAUGGCUGCCCGAGUGCACGCCCGUCUAUGUGCAGUACUUCGUCAAGUUCUUCAUCAUUGGUGUGACGGUGCUGGUGGUCGCCGUGCCCGAGGGGCUCCCUCUGGCUGUCACCAUCUCACUGGCCUACUCGGUGAAGAAAAUGAUGAAGGACAACAACCUGGUCCGCCACCUGGACGCCUGUGAGACCAUGGGCAAUGCCACGGCCAUCUGCUCGGACAAGACGGGCACACUCACCACCAAUCGCAUGACGGUGGUGCAGGUUUACGUGGGCGACGUCCAUUACAAGGAGGUCCCCGACCCCAGCUCCAUCAACGCCAAAACCAUGGAGCUGCUGGUCAACGCCAUUGCCAUCAACAGCGCCUACACCACCAAGAUUCUGCCCCCGGAUAAGGAGGGCGCCCUGCCCAAGCAGGUGGGCAACAAAACAGAGUGCGGCCUGCUGGGCUUCGUGCUGGACCUGAAGCAGGACUACGAGUCUGUGCGCAGCCAGAUGCCGGAGGAGAAGCUGUACAAGGUCUACACCUUCAACUCCGUGCGCAAGUCCAUGAGCACCGUAAUCAAGCUGCCCGACGAGAGCUUCCGCAUGUACAGCAAGGGCGCUUCGGAGAUCGUGCUCAAGAAGUGCUGCAAAAUCCUCAACGGGGCGGGUGAGCCCCGGGUCUUCCGGCCCCGCGACCGGGACGAGAUGGUGAAGAAGGUGAUUGAGCCCAUGGCCUGCGACGGGCUCCGCACCAUCUGCGUGGCUUACCGCGACUUACCCGGCAGCCCCGAGCCCGACUGGGACAACGAGAAUGACAUCCUCAACGACCUCACCUGUAUCUGCGUGGUGGGCAUCGAGGACCCCGUGCGGCCCGAGGUCCCGGAAGCCAUCCGCAAGUGCCAGCGAGCAGGCAUCACUGUCCGCAUGGUCACCGGUGACAACAUCAACACAGCCCGGGCCAUCGCCAUCAAGUGUGGCAUCAUCCAUCCUGGGGAGGACUUCCUGUGCCUUGAGGGCAAGGAGUUCAACCGGAGAAUCCGCAACGAGAAAGGGGAGAUUGAGCAGGAACGAAUCGACAAGAUCUGGCCAAAGCUGCGGGUGCUGGCUCGCUCCUCCCCCACGGACAAGCAUACCCUGGUCAAAGGCAUCAUCGACAGCACACACACGGAGCAGCGGCAGGUGGUGGCCGUGACGGGGGACGGCACCAAUGAUGGGCCUGCGCUCAAGAAGGCCGAUGUGGGCUUCGCCAUGGGCAUCGCAGGCACGGAUGUGGCCAAGGAGGCCUCGGACAUCAUCCUAACGGACGACAACUUCAGCAGCAUCGUCAAGGCGGUGAUGUGGGGCCGCAAUGUCUACGACAGCAUCUCCAAAUUCCUGCAGUUCCAGCUGACGGUCAACGUGGUGGCCGUGAUCGUGGCCUUCACGGGCGCCUGCAUCACGCAGGACUCCCCUCUGAAGGCCGUGCAGAUGCUCUGGGUGAACCUCAUCAUGGACACGUUCGCCUCGCUGGCGCUGGCCACCGAGCCACCCACGGAGACCCUGCUUCUGAGGAAGCCAUACGGCCGCAACAAGCCCCUCAUCUCGCGGACCAUGAUGAAGAACAUCCUGGGCCACGCCGUCUACCAGCUAACCCUCAUCUUCACCCUGCUCUUUGUUGGCGAGAAGAUGUUCCAGAUCGACAGCGGGAGGAACGCGCCCCUGCACUCGCCGCCGUCCGAGCACUACACCAUCAUCUUCAACACCUUCGUCAUGAUGCAGCUCUUCAACGAGAUCAACGCCCGCAAGAUCCACGGCGAGCGCAACGUCUUCGACGGCAUCUUCCGGAACCCCAUCUUCUGCACCAUCGUGCUGGGCACCUUCGCCAUCCAGAUAGUGAUUGUGCAGUUUGGCGGGAAGCCGUUCAGCUGCUCUCCGCUGCAGCUGGACCAGUGGUUGUGGUGCAUAUUCAUCGGGUUAGGAGAGCUUGUCUGGGGCCAGGUCAUCGCCACCAUCCCGACCAGCCGGCUCAAGUUCCUCAAGGAGGCGGGCAGGCUCACACAGAAGGAGGAGAUCCCGGAGGAGGAGCUGAACGAGGACGUGGAGGAGAUAGACCACGCCGAGCGAGAGCUGCGGCGGGGCCAGAUCUUGUGGUUCCGAGGCCUGAACCGGAUCCAGACCCAGAUUGAAGUAGUCAAUACUUUCAAGAGCGGGGCCUCCUUUCAGGGAGCCCUGCGGAGACAAUCCUCCGUCACCAGCCAGAGCCAGGACGUAGCCAAUCUCUCUAGCCCUAGUCGCGUGUCGUUGUCCAAUGCUCUUUCCUCUCCGACCAGCCUUCCUCCUGCUGCAGCCGGGCGUGAAGGGCUAGAGAACCCUGGACACAGAGUUCAGCAAGAGAGAGUGAAAUUAAAAGAGAUCCGCGUCGUGAAGGCGUUCCGUAGCUCUCUCUAUGAAGGUCUAGAAAAGCCUGAGUCUCGAACCUCCAUCCAUAAUUUCAUGGCUCAUCCUGAAUUCCGGGUCGAAGAUUCACAGCCCCACAUUCCCCUCAUCGACGACACCGACCUGGAAGAAGAUGCCGCGCUCAAGCAGAACUCGAGCCCGCCGUCCUCGCUCAACAAGAACAACAGCGCCAUCGACAGCGGGAUCAACCUGACGACCGACACAAGCAAAUCAGCUACCUCUUCAAGUCCAGGGAGCCCCAUCCACAGCCUGGAGACGUCGCUUUAGCUGAGGACCCCGCCACCACCCACCUCCCGGGCACCCACCCGUCCAGGCACCCGACUCACCCAAGCAGCAGCGAGCCACAGCAGGAAACCAAAUACUGGCGAGAAAACCGUUUCCACCCAACAGACCCUUUUUCUGGCUGCGAUGCUGUUUGAACUCUUUUUCACUUCGAGGCGAGGGCGGGAUCUCCUCCGGGGGCUUAAGGGAGUGAGCGGUUUUUCCCAGAACCAGCCCUUCCUGGCUCCCACCCGACAUGGACCAGCCAUGCACCCGCCCGGCGCCAUGUCCCCUGCAUGAAUGUACUGUACACUUCCGGUCCUCCCCUUGUUUGGUUUUUGGGGGGUUGGGGAGGGGUUUUUUUUGUUUGUUUGUUUGUUUUCUUAGGCGGGAACUGCAGACAGACUCUUUUCUGAGACUAUUUAUCCAAUCCACUGGUCUGUGAGUUUUUGAAAUGCUUGCGCAGCAUGGUCUCAGUUGUAUAGGUUAAUUUAACAACUUUUUGAAAUUGCAGAGCUUAACUCGCCUAGUAAAUUUGCACCAAUGGAACCGAAGAACUUCAGACACUCACAAGGUUAUAUCCAUUUCUUUGUAUCUAUAUCAACGUAUACUUCCCCAAGACUGUAUACGUCCAUAUAGAUAGGUAGAUAUAUAUGUGUCUAUAUGUGUGUGUAUAUAUAUAUAUAUAUAUAUAUAUAUAUACACACAUGGAUAUAUAAAGUUUCUUUGCCGGCAUGUUGCCUUGUUUCUGCUUAAAUUGCUCUAUUUUAACUUAUUUAUGUCCUAAAGGAAGAAUGUAAUUUGUUUACAAACCUGUAGAUAACGUCUUCGGCUAUUUGUACGGUUUAAGAACACUGGUGGCUGAGAUGCUAUAAAAACAGCUCAGCCUGAUAGACACCUCCCUGGAUUGCAUCCUUGAUGUUUUACGAUAGCCAUGCUCCGAUUUUUGCCUGCUACUUCCGUUCAAUUAUGUGACUACCGAGGGAGGCUCAGGCAGAAGCCAAAUGUUAGCGAGUAUCCAUCCCGAGGGGUCCCACAGCGUGCUCCGUAGACAAAGGGGGAGGAGGAGAGAAGUCUUCCUGCGCUCAAAGCACUGAUGGCCAGCCCGGCCCCAGGGUGACGGGGUUGGCAAAGCACUGGGUGAAGACUUUUCUCUCAAUGAAACUCACUUGAGUUUACUAAGAGCAUUUCAAAUAGAGAUUCUCUCUGGCGCUGUCUAUACAGAGACUGAGGUAGUUUUGCAAUAUUAUAAACGCUAUUGUGUUGAUUUUGUUUUCAGUUAGUAAUUUCGAGGCUUGUUUCCUUACGAACUGCAGCAGAUGAGCUGUUGGCCUAUUGGAUGAGGAUCAUUAUGGUUUGCUGCUCUUAUUUUUAUUUUUGAAGAAGAACAGCCUUUUUCUCUGCACUAUUUAGAUCCGAACGAACCUUAUGACGUGUAUAUUGAGAUGUAUUCAGUGUGAUUUUUUUAAACCAAAUUGUCUUCCUGUAGUCGCAAUAUAUACUGUAGCCUUUGAACAGCAAGUCUUGCUUUCCCAGACAGAAAGCCAUUCUGAAACCCUACAGUAUCACAGGUGAGAAAAGGUGGUUAUUUUUUCCCUGAGACAAUAACAGCACUAGUAAUCCCACUUAAUAAGAGCUUAUUUAAUUGUAUGUCAGCCUCUUAACUGCUAAGCACUUUGUGGGUAUCAGCUUUUUUCAUAAAAGAACUUUUGUAUUUAAUACAAAGUUUGCUUUGAGACUUUUCAGCAUACGAUCUUUUUCCAUAAACUUGUACAGUGCAAAAGACAUUUUGAAUACCAUGAUCGAUGAUGUCCCAUGCUUCAAGGAAAACCAAACGCUUCUGCCUCGCUUGCAAAAUGCAUUCUUCACACUGACCCUUCCCACAGUUGCUCUGUGUCUACCCGGGCCCUUCCCUUCUCCAGGCCCAGAGAAUUCUUCCACAAACAAGAUGAGAGCCACUCGGGAAAAGAGCCAUAGUCAGCUGGGAGGGCCUGCAUCUGGAUGGCUGUGGAGAAACCCGAGGGUUUAGGACCCCAAGUCAGCCCAUCCCACCUGGCAACACCUUCCUGGAAGGAGGACCUUCUUUGUGCAAGAGCAUCUCCUGAAUGUCGUGAAGAAAUAUCUCUGAAUGUACCCAGCAGAGGAAACUGCAUCCCCCGAGGGGUGACCACCCUCAGAUAUGCUUAUGGGAUUCCAAGACCAAUACCGCCCACUGUUCUCCUCAGAGAAAGGAAAGACCCGCUCCUGUAAAACCUGGGGCAGCUUUGGAACAUGGUGUUUUUUGUAGUUUCCUUUUUCAAGGUUCUCCAUCUCCCGCUUUGUUCCAACCUUGUGUCCGUGACCUCAUUCCAUGACACCAGGAAAGCCCCGCUUGCACACCACGCUCCCUGCUCAUUCGGAGCCAGGACGCAAGGGAAGCAGGAGGGGGUCUCCCCUAGUGGGACCCAGCCCAGGGGAGAGGGAGCCAUGGAAGCUACCGAGAAUGCCCCACGUCAGUGUUGGUCUUUUCUUGUCAGGAAUGAUGGUUGCUCACACACACACACACACACACACACACACACACACACACACACCCUCGCCCUCACACUUGCACACACACAUCCACACACACAGGAAAUGAUUGGUUUGUCAGAACUCCCUGUAGUACAUAGAGCUUGCACUCGGCGUCCUAUAUCUAGCAGCAUGGGGUACGUUUGGCAGUUCACCCCAUUAGGGGGUAAAUAAUUUAUGACCAUUCAUCUGUUUUUAUGAAUUUUUUUAUCUAGACAAUAACUGUAAAUAAAGAACUCACCAUCUCUGUUCAUUUAAUACUA